GGAGAGCCAGAAAAACUGUGAAACAGUACCGUUAGCCUCUUUGUAAACAGCGUAGUACUCAUAUUGUCUUUUAUUGGGAAUAAGUCAAACAAUCUGCAUAUGUUGUGGAUGUGGAAGUAGUCAGUGAAACAACAGAAGGAGGCAUGAGACUCUUUGAUGAAUCCAGAUGAUUCACUUUGAUAAAUGUUGUGUUUUCUGUUGUGCAGAGAGUCCAGACUACAAGCAGCGGGUUCAGUCCAUCAAAGAUCUGGUCCGACAGCUGCCCGUCUGCAACCACGACACCAUGCAGACUCUCUUCAAGCACCUCAGGAAGGUGAUCGAGUACGGCGAGGAGAACCGUAUGACCACUCAGAGCGUGACCAUCGUGUGCGGCCCCACGCUGCUGCGCCCCGAACAGGAGACGUGGAACAUCGCGGUCCACAUGGUGUACCAGAACCAGAUCGUGGAGCUCAUACUGCUGGAGUACGAGAACAUUUUCGGCAGGUAGAGAGAGACGCUGGAGGACGAGCCUCUUGUUUUUCUCUCUCACUCUCCCAACGCAGAGCUCUUCCUAACCCAGCGUGGCCCUGCCCAACACAGCCUGGCUCGGAUCGUCUCGGCUCAGCUUCUCUUCAUCUCAAAUUGUAGUCACUGGCUUUCUCCUCUCGUACAACCUCCGGACCAAAGCUACGCAAAUGUGUCAUAAACCAAACCAUAGAUGUAUCUAACUAGCGACCAAGAAACAGGUUUGCACUUUUCAGUAUCUCAUUUUCUCCUGCAGCUGCGUUUGUGCCACUUUACUGCAAUAGUUGACGUCCAAAUGUCCCGACACUGGAUUCCUAAUACAGGGCCAUGAACGCCUCAUCUACUGCACAGAGACCAAAGCAUCAGUUGGCUCGAAGUAAGAAGGAGGCGUCAGUAUUGGAGGUUGGAGACUGGACUGUAUUGUAUAACCUGUCACCACUCCUGUAAGAACCACACUGGGGAACCAAGAGAAGAAACCUAACUGCUGUGCUUGGCUUUAGACGUUUAGACACUAAGAGAAGCAACGUGGAGAAGAAGGGAUGAUAUGGAACGCUUUUAUUUAGGAAUGAUAUGAACAUUUACUGCCCUUUCCGUACAGUUCUCCCUUUGUCUUUCCUUUUAUUUCAGCAGGAAUGCUUCACCAUCAAAAUGACCACUUGUAUAUCAAAUUACUCGACCCGUGUUUUCUUAAGUUUUUGAAGAAGACGUCGUUUUUCUUGUAUCCCUCUACGGUAGGAAGAAUUAAAAAAACUGUUUGAUGAAUUGACGUAAAUUGGGACGUAUUUUAAACCCUUUAUUUAAAAGCUCUCACACAUUUUGUGCA